AAAUAGAGUACGAGUAGAGAUAAGUACUGGCAUGUCGUACUAGCUGACCUGACGCCGACCGACGUUAAUUGUCCUAUCUAAAUUCCAAUUGUAUUUAAAUGACAAAAUCAGUAUGGGAUCAACAUGGAAUUAUCUAUUGAUUGCUAAAAUAAUUAUCAAGAUCGGUCCAGAAUUGGCGAAGAUAUCGAGGAACUUAAAAGAUUGCAGGCCAAUUCAGAACAUCGUGUUCUGAUAAAAAAUACAUUACAGAAUUUUCUUUGUCUAAUUGACAUUAUAGAUUGGUGUCAUAAUUGCAGUUUGUGUAUGUGGUUUUUUUUUUUUUUAAUAUUAACAUAUUCGAUUAAAAUUUUCAAAAAUCUAUACAUUUCUAAAUAGACAUAAAUUUUUUAUGAAAUUAGCCCCGAGACCAUUUCAAAUUAUUAUAUUUUUCUUUUCUUUACUAUACUCAAAAAUACUGUCUAAGACGAUAUAAGCAAAUUUAUUUCAUUGCAUAAUAUAGUUAAUAAAUAUUGAAUUAAGUCUAAUUAUGGACCCUGUCGUGCGCAGCGACUAGGAGAGAGGAGACUUUUUUACUUUAUAAAAAUAAUUAAUGAGUUUAAGGCAAUAUUAUACGAUCUUUAUAAUUUGCUUACAGUAGAUCAGUGAUUGGCGGUUAAAAAAACAACGAAAUGGAGGGUGGCGCAGGCGUGGGCAGCGUGGCGUCCCUCACCAUGGACUGCGAGGACAUGUUCAAGGAGAUCACAAAGAAACUAUAUGGCGAGGAAGCGACCGUGGGUGUGGGCGUAGGCGUGGGAGUGAGCGGCGUCGUGGGUGUGGAGUUCCCGGCCGCCGAGCGCGACCUGGAGGACGAGCUGCGCCCCGAAGAGCACAUCACCGCCUGGGGGCUGGCCGCGCUCAUGCAAAAAGGCUUCCCACCUCCUGGCAUACUACAGGCUAACUUCACACCACGUAUCGACACGAGCGCCGAGGACCGCUGGACGGCGGCAGAGGAGCCCCUCGCGUGGGCACACUCGCGCAUCGCCGCCUACAACCCCGCCCAGCGGCUGUUCAAGUGCGCCGACUGCGAGUGCGUGGGUUUCCUCGCGCGCGUCGCCGAACACUGGCUCGGUACACACUCGCAGGCGCGCGCGUUCCAGUGCCCGGUGGGCGGCUGCGGGUUCGCAUCGGGCUGGGCGCGCGGCGUGCGCCACCACCUGGCCCGCGACCACCACUCCGACCCGGCCGCCGCCGACCACCUGCUGCGGGACAACCCCGCGCUCGACGACCUCACGCGCUACCUGCAGCGCCUUAAGAACAAGGUGGAAGCGGGCCGUAAUGACCGAAGAGGUGGUGGUAACGGUAGCGGCGAAAACACCCAGGCGACUGAAGUAGGCCCGGGAACGGGUGGCAGCGCGACGAGCGGCGUCACUAGUGAAGCCGGGAAGCGGUACGCGUGCGGCUCGUGCCCGUACGCCACCGACCGGCGCGACUUGUUCACGCGCCACGAGAACAUUCACCGCGACGAGAAGCCGUUCCACUGCUACCUCUGCCAGAAGCAGUUCAACCGGGCAGAUCACGUCAAGAAACACUUUCUGCGCAUGCAUAGAGAUCAGCCGUAUGAUCUGAACAGAAUCAGGCGCGCUCCUGCUAAACCGCAACAGACAGCGGCGGCCCCCGCCCUGCACUACUACAGUAAGCCGCCGGCGGAGCCGCCGCCCGCGGCGCCCGCGGCCGUCGCGUCGGUGGCGGCGGGCGCGGCGGCGGCGGCGGCGGCGGUGGCGGGCGGCACGCAGCUCGAGUACCGCACGGCGGCCCCCGUCAAGCUGGAGAGGGCGCCGCUCACCAAGGCCGAGAGCUCGGUGGCUGCGGUACCGGCCGCGCACAAGGCGGUCGCGAGCCUGGCGCCGCCCGCCGCCGCACCCGGCACGGCCGCCGGUGUGCGUCGCAAGGGCGAGAGGCGGUACGCGUGCUGCUACUGCGCGUGGUCGGGCGUGGACAACUGGUGCCUGAAGCGGCACUUGAACACGCACCUGAAGCCGUUCGCGUGCGCGCUGUGCGAGUACAAGGCGGCGCGCGCCGAGCGGCUGGCCACGCACGUGCACAAGGUGCACAACAAGAAGGCGUGCGCCAAGUGCCCCUACCUGGCCGACGACCAGCACCAGCUCGCGCACCACCUGCGGGACGCGCAUCACAUCGAGAGCCGCAAUCUAAAAGUGCCGACGGGCGUCGGGCGCACCACCACGGUGGGAUUCGCGAGCGCGGCGUCUCAGCAGGCGGGCGGCGCGGGCGCGAGCGGCGGCGCGGCGCCGGGCGGCGGCGCGGGCGCGGGCUCGGCGCCGGGCCCGGGCGGCGCCGACGCGGCCGGCGCGGCCAGCCGGCGCCGCGAACAGCGCGCCGCCGGCGCCGAGCGGCUAUUCGGCUACCUGGAGGCGUCGGACGGCUCGGGCGACGAGUACGAGCCGGCGUCGCUGGGCAGCGAGUUCACGGCGGCGCCGGCGCCGGCCGGCCCGCCGUCCGCGCCGACGCACUACGCCCGCGACAAGGAGAAUGCGGCGCCGCUGCACCACGCCGUGCACCACGACCACUGCCUACGUUACUGAAGGCCUCCCGCUCGCGCGCCGCUGCCUCGAGAGACAGACGACUAAAUACCCCUUGCAGCUACAUUCCAUAUCUGUGAUUGCAGCGAACAAUUUUGUUAUGAACUUAGAUACCUACCCAUUCGUCACUAUUUGAGCUUUCACAUUCAAAUGGCACAUGGACCAACAUAAUUAUUCGUUUUAUCUGUGAAGACAGGGCCGUCUUAAUCGUCUAACCCACUGGGGUACAAGUAUCAUCUGUGUAUAGCAUCCUUCCAUCUAUAAUUUAUCAUUCAAAAUUUGAGAAUUUUUUAAAGGACGUAUAAGUGGAAAAAUCAUUUGUGUCCCUUGGAAGUCUACUACCCGAUGCCUCCACCCCUUGCAUCCUCAGGUUACGACGGACCUGUGUGAAGACGAUGGAGAAUUAUUUAAUUAAUUAUUACGUAGGUAUUAUUUUAAAAUGUUUAUUAAAAUUAUGUGUACAUAUAGAGUGUAACUAUGAGAUUGUUAAGAAUGAUUGCUUGUUUUAUGAGCGAAUUUAGAAAUAUACGCAAUAUUUUUAAUGUCA